AUGGCGGAGGAAGAGAGCGACCAAGAGGCCGAACGCCUCGGAGAAGAGCUCGUGGCCAUUGUGGAGUCUCCGCCUGGCUCUGCGGGGGUGCGAGCUACGUGCGACGGUAGAGGCGUCGGCGGCUGCGGUGACGGCGGCGGCGGCGGUGGCGGCGGCGGCGGCGUUGCGAUCAGCAGUCGGGAUUACUGCCGACGCUUCUGUCAGGUGGUUGAAGACUAUGCUGGAAGAUGGCAGGUCCCUUUGCCGCAGCUUCAGGUGCUCCAGACAGCGCUCAGCUGUUUUACGUCAGCGAGUGCAUCAUUCCCGGAUGAAUGUGAGCACGUGCAGUAUGUUUUGAGUAGCCUCGCUUUGAGUUUCUUUGAGUUGCUACUAUUCUUUGGAAGAGAUGAAUUUUAUGAAGAACCCUUAAAGGAUAUUCUUGGAUCAUUUCAGGCUUCUAUUCUAGCACAAUUAAGAUUACCCAUUUGGGAUCUGGGCAGUGGACCCAUGUCUACCUGCAAACCAGAGUCUGCAUUGGACAGGGGCCCCUCUAUCCCCUUCUUAAGGCUCUUACCUGCCAUUGUAAACAGAAACUUUAUGAGCCCUCAUGAAUGCCAGAAUCACCUCCGCAGAUAUGGAAAUGUGAAUCUGGAACUGGUGACUCGAAUCAUUAGAGAUGGAGGCCCAUGGGAAGAUCCAGUGUUGCAAGCUGUUCUUAAAGCCCAGCCAGCAUCUCAGGAGAUAGUGAACAAAUACUUAAGUUCUGAAAAUCCACUGUUCUUUGAACUACGUGCUAGAUACCUAAUUGCUUGUGAACGUAUACCUGAAGCAACGGCUCUUAUUAAAUCUUGUAUAAAUCACCCAGAAAUCAGUAAAGACCUGUACUUCCAUCAAGCCCUCAUCACAUGCCUGUCUAUGUUACGUGUAGAAGAUCAACUGUUACGGGAGCAUUUAUUGAGGACUGAUUGUAAAAGUGGAAUUGAUAUCAUCUGUAACACUGAGAAAGAAGGCAAGACUCCAUUAGCCUUGAAACUUUGUAAAUCCUUUCUUAUUCCACAGCUCCAGAGCGGGGAUAUGUACUGCAUCUGGGAGUUGAUUUUCAUAUGGAGUAAACUUCAGCUUAAGGCUAAUCCUUCAAAACAAGUUUUUGUAGAUCAAUGCUACCAGCUUUUAAGAACAGCAACUAAUGUGAGAGUAAUAUUUCCUUUCAUGAAAAUCAUUAAAGAUGAGGUUGAAGAAGAAGGCUUGCAGAUUUGUGUUGAAAUAUGUGGCUGCGCUUUACAACUAGACCUUCAGGAUGACCCCAAAACAAAAUGUCUCAUUUAUAAGACAAUUGCACACUUUUUGCCAAAUGAUUUGGAGAUUCUCAGGAUUUGUGCACUAUCAAUAUUUUUUCUUGAGCGCUCCUUGGAAUCUUACAAUACUGUUGAAGAACUAUAUAAACAUCCAGAUGAAGAGUAUAAUGAAGGCACAAGCAGUGUUCAGAAUCGUGUUCGUUUUGAACUACUUCCAAUUUUAAAAAAAGGGUUAUUUUUUGAUCCUGAAUUCUGGAACUUUGUAAUGAUUAAGAAAAACUGUGUGGCAUUACUGAGUGAUAAAUCAGCAGUGAGAUUCCUAAAUGAAAGCGCACUGGAAAACUCUAAUCUAAGUAAAGCAGUGGAACAGCAGUGCUUCGGCGAAGGGCUUGACUCCCUUACAGCUCACAACACUGGAGAGCUCGAUUCCGAUACUGAUGUUUUAUCUGGAGUGCAAUCUAAAGGCCAUACUAAUACCAAGAAAACCCUUACAUCUCUUCAUACUUCUAAAGUAGAUCAUAAUGUUCCAAGGCAUAGGUGUGUGUUAUGUAACAAGGAAUUUCUAGGUGGUCACAUUGUAAGGCAUGCUCAGGCUCAUCAGAAAAAGGGCAGCUUUUCAUGUGUGAUAUGUGGCAGGAAAUUUAGAAACAGAGGACUUAUGCAGAAGCAUUUAAAGAAUCACGUUAAAAAAAUACAAAGACAGCAAAUUGCUGCAGCUCAACAGGAAGAAACCCCUGCUUUGGAAGAAAGAAAUUGUUCUAGCUCUUUGAUUUCCUUUGAAAAUGGAAAUUCUGAGACUAAAGAUUUGGAAACAGAUACUACUUCUGCUCCCAGUGGUGGAAACAAAGUUAUUCCUGCACAUGCUGCUGAGUUAACUGCAAUUCCUCUAAAUGCAUCAGAAGAUAUUACUGAAAAUGGUAAUCCUAAUAUAUCUUUAAAUAACGUCUCAGAGCCGUUACCUGUAUGUGAAAACGACUACGAAGAAGAGGAUGAGGAAGAAGGUGAUUAUGAAGAAGAUGAUUAUGACCUAAAUCAAGAGACUUCGGUACUUCAUAAAAUCAAUGGAAUGGUGUGCCACCCAGAAGAUAUAUAUGCCACAGACCAAGAAGGAAAUUUUAAGUGCCCUGCUCUUGGCUGUGUCAGGAUAUUUAAAAAAAUUGGAUUUCUAAAUAAACAUGCAAGAACUGUACAUCCAACUGAUUUAAAUGUGCGGCAAACAGUAAUGAAGUGGAGUAAGGGGAAGUGCAAAUUCUGUCAAAGGCAGUUUGAAGAUUCUCAGCAUUUUAUAGAUCACCUUAAUAGACACAGCUAUCCAAAUGUAUACUUCUGUUUGCAUUUUAAUUGCAAUGAGUCUUUUAAGCUGCCAUUCCAGCUUGCUCAGCAUACAAAAAGUCAUAGAGUAUUUCAAGCUCAGUGUAGUUUUCCAGAAUGCCAUGAGCUUUUUGAAGAUCUUCCUCUGUUAUAUGAACAUGAAGCUCAGCACUAUUUAAGUAAAACACCAGAGUCAUCUGCACAACCAAGUGAAGCAACUCUAUGGGAUGUUCUUACAGACUCCAGUCCUCAUUGUCAGGAAAAAGACUCACCUAUUAAUGAGAAACAAUCUGUUAGUCUGCCAGUUUCUACAGAACCAAAGACAUGUAUAGAAAGUAAUGAAAAGAAAAAAGACAGUUUAGUUCAGAAUGGAAAUGAACAUUCUGAUGACACUGUUUCUGAAAUAAGCUUGAAAGACCAAAAGUUGCCUAACACAGAGCCAAAUUCCGAAGAGAAUCGUAGUGUUAGAGAUCUAGUCAAUGGGCACACUCCAUCGGGUCCUGCUUUGAAAAGUGAUACAAAUAGAAUCAGGACAGAAAAUGGUUCUGUUUUACCCAGUGUUGUACCACAGGAACACAGCGCCCAGCCAGUAUCUCAGGCACCUUCUAAACCAAAUCAGACAAGUGAACACACUUCAUAUGGCUUAAUUUUAACAAAGCCAUAUGUGCGGCCAUUGCCUCCCAGCUACCUUGAUGAACGGUACCUUAGUAUGCCAAAACGCAGAAAAAUUUUGACUGAUAAAGUAGAUUCCUGUUCCGAUCAAGAGAAUGUUAGUAAAAAAGCAGUGAAAAGACUAAGAUGUGGCAAAUGCCUGACCACCUACUGUAAUGCAGAAGCACUUGAGGCUCACCUUGCACAAAAGAAAUGUCAGACACUCUUUGGAUUUGAUUCAGAUGAUGAAAGUGCCUGAUAAAAAAAUGUUUCAGAAAGAUCUGUCGAUCAAGCAGUAGUGUGAAAAAAGCACUACAAGAACAUGCAUCAUCAGUUGCUAUUUCCCUGAUGGCCUUAAUUUUAGAGCGGUCUUGGAUUACUAAAGAUAAAGACUAAGCACAUUUUCUAGAAUGAACUCACAAAGGAGAUGUGCUGGUGUAGAGAGCAAAAAAGUUAUUACAAAACUCCCAAAGUACCAGUUAUCCAGUAAAACCACAAUUUAACAUAGUUGAUGAUUAAUUGCAGCAUAUUCAGUUUCGCUUAUGUGAGAAACAUUCAGGCAACCACUCAGCAAGAAAAACCAGCUAUGGCCUUACAGAAAGGGAAAAUUAGCCCAUUAUAUAGGGGGUGAGGGUGGUAGUUUACAAUAAACAAAGUAUUCUACAAAAAUGUUUUCAUUCAUAAGAGUAUUUCCUCCUUUCCGGUCAAACUUGGUUUAAAGAAUCAUUGCUAUUUGGUGUAUUACAAUUUAGAAAGUGGUACAUGGAAAUACAAUCUCAUCAAUGACCAUACUUUCCAUAGAAUAUUACAACAUCAAAUUUUCAAAUCAGACAGGUAAAAAAGUUGAACGGCAUGCCAGCAUUGGAAAUUUAAAAACAAGACAGCAAAGCUUCACUAACAAGCUCUUGAUAGAAUCUUCCACUCUCCAUUUUUGUAAAACAAAUGUUUGUUAAGUCUUUGAAAGGCACAGUGUCAAGUUAAUGGAAAAUGUGCUAGGAGUAGGUUUGAAGACAGUUGGGUUGAAUCUAAGACCAUUCAAGGUUUGAAGGAAAACACUGAAUUGCAAAUUCCUCAAUGUGAAUAAUGGUAUAAGCACACUGGGUUAUUUCUGUUUGUAUAUAGAGUAGUGCUAGGGCAUUGCUUGAUGACUCAUAGUAAAGUCCUUUAGACAUUAAUGUGACUUAUCUAAGUAUUGUCCUAUAACUGUACAACUGGCUCUAAAAGGAAAAAACAAAUGUCAGCCAAGAAUCAGGUCAAGAAUUCAUUGGCUUUGUUCAAUUAGGAGAGUUCAUUUGAAAGCCAUACUACUCAUAAUUUCUUAUUUAUUAAAGAUGAAUUUGGUCAGAAUAAUAACUUUUAUAUAUAUAAAUAUAUAAAAGGAAAUAUUUACACAAAAAUUUGCACAGUAAGAUAUACUGGUGCAUUUAUUUUCUUUGAUGACCAGUAAUUUCCUAAGAUUUUAACUUAAUAAUAACUUGACAAAAAGCAAACAAAAAAAAUGUUUUCAAAAAGCCCUCUCAGAUGUUUUCCAAAUACCCGUUCUCUAGAAGUGGAACCUUAAAGACCUCCUUUUACCUAAAUGUAUGUUGACUUACAGCAAGGACAAAGGCAAAAGCCUUUUAAAAAUGCAGCUACUAAUAUACCAAUAUCAAGAAAAUAUCCCUAUUAUUUCAACUAACACAGUUUUGCCCAAAGUAGAUUAAUCACAUCAGACCCUACUAUUAGACAUUUUUGGGCAGCAAAGCUUUUUGAAUUAGUUUACUCAGGAAGUAGAACAUUUCUUCCAGGGUAGUAGUCAGACUUUAUUAUAGAGUUUGGAUUUGCAGGCCUUGGUAGAUCAGAUUUAGAAAAUGAAGUUCCCAACAUUACUACUCUCUUUAUCACAGGCACUCACUACUAUGCAACUGGUUGUCAGAAGUCCGUUCCAGUCAGAUUUAGGUUUGUUUUUGUUGUGUUAUGUAGCCUAUAUUAGGCUGUAUAAUAUAUAUUUAAAUAGCAGAUAAGUAAACACAACUCAGUCUGAUUUUUAAAUUCUUUUAGGUUCACUGAAAACAUUUUCCACACUUCCUGCUACUAAAAAUUUAAUACUUGAGUUCUAUUUUAGUUCAGUCUAAAAAUAUAUCCUGUAAUAAAAAGUCUGUUUGAAAAUUACUUUGUUUGGACAGUGACAUUUUUUGAAAUACAAUUUCUUUGUAAUUUUUCCAAAAGAUUAAAGUUAUAACUUCAGCUUUUGCCAUUUUAACUUGUUUUUACAAGAUGUAACUGUUGAUAGAAACUCUUAUCCAUGAAGAUUAAUUUUACAGUUUGUACCAAGAUGUCUUAAACAAAUUUCUCUUGGUCUUUUGUUUCUUUCUUCAUGUUUCCUUCUUCCUUUGUGUUGGUGAGAAAAAACUUCUGAGAAGCUGAGGCCAGGUGGUUUAUAUAUAGCUAAGUCAAAGAAUAUUUUAUAAAAUUCUAUUUGACCACACUGUUCUAACCUCAUAUAUUUUUUCAAAUACUUGCUAUUGAAUGUGUACAAUGUACUAUGUAUGUCGUAUAAAACAAACCGAAAUCGUUUUGUUUUCGUGGGUGCGUAAACUUUCAGCAGCUCUAACUUGGAAUUCAGAAGAUAAAAAAAAAAAGUUACUUAUUUCUCAGAUCCCUCUUUUUCUCUCCUAGUUCUUUUGAGAUGUGUUUCUCUUACAUUUGUUUUAAAUAAAAACUUCCUCCAAAACACUAAAUAUUAACUUUCUGCUAUGUUUCUGUAAGGUCAAGAAAAUUGCAAAUCUGGAUUUUUGCUGCACAGACAUUAUGAAGGAGGCAGAAAGGGGGGUUCUCUGUGGAUAGGGACACUGGUACUUUGGGCUUUAGCCAUAUUCAUUGUUUUUAAAACCACCAACUAUAUAACGAGUAGAAAAUUAGUAUUGCUGAACUUGUGAUUCUUUUCAGAUCACACUGGAAGGUUCAGAAGUACUCCUUUCUUGUUUGGUUAAACUGUUGUGUGGAUAAAAAACCUAAAAGGGAUGAUAGUGCUUAUUUUUUAAUUUAUUUGGUACUGUAAAACACUUUUCAGAAUGACUAAAUGCUGCAUAUGCAUUUUGGUAAUGUUAAUAUGUGAACGAUAUUACUGAUUCAGCAAGAAAGGAAAUCUGUGCUUCCUUGUUGAAAAUUAUUUUACUUUGCAUUUUAUAAGAGUACAGAUUAAAACUGAGCCAUUGAACUGCAAUAAAUCAACAAUAGUGUCUCACUUCAAGAAAAUUUUGUACUGUACAUAGAUUUGUUCAAUAAAACAUUGUCCUUGGUAAAGAAGUGUUCAAUUUCAUGUA